AUGGAUAUCGACACCUACUCUCCAAUCGACAAAAAUGGGGUUGAAGGUGAUCACAAAGGGGUCCGUUCACACCUCAUCGAUACCCCCGAGAUAAAACAGGAGACGGGAGGCAGUGUAGAGAGCUGUAUACUCAUCGAUGACGUUGACGAUCCGAUGCCAAGCGAGACAGUAGACCACACUCUUGUGCCGAAUUCUAUUAAACGAGGCUAUCACCACCUCAACGAAUCCCCGGGAUCUCUUCAACACAGCGUUCCAGAAGGUCUGGACCCAGACUCCUCUUGCGAAGAUGGGAGCGACGAUGGAAAUCACGCAACAACACAAGGAAGACCAAAACGUGCUCGCUCCUUAGACGCAACUAGCCAGGAUCGAAGCAGCCCUGUUCAUGAGCCCGGCGCUCGACCUUCCAGUGGUUUAUCCUACACCAGGAAGGAGCGUCUUGAGGGAAAGGACUUUAUAGAGUUACUACUCAACAGAGGAGCCACCAAAGAUGAGCUCCAUGCUCUAUAUGAAGCAGAGUUUGGGAGAUAUCGGACUUGGGACGCACUUCGGACAGUUCAUAAGAAUCCUAACAUACGACGUCGUUUGACGUUUAAUGGCAGCCUGGUUGGAAAAAGCCUGAAAGAUUUCCCUGAUUUCACCGCCAGAGAGAGAUUUGAAGGGAAGUCCUUUGUGGAGUCGCUCCUUGACAGUGCUGCCACCACCAGGCAAGUUGAAAACGCCUACAAGACAGAAUUCGGGAUCGAUCGGCUCUUCUUUCAUUUGCAGUAUAUUCACAAUAUUCACCAUGCCCAAAGACGUGCAGCUCAAAAUGGGUCUCUCGAAGAGGGGGUGACCAUGGGAGAAUGGAGCGAGAGGGAAAUUCAAUGUGGAAACGGGUUUUUUGAGACGUGGCUUAACCGUGGACUCGUGGCACCGGAAAUUGAGAACCUGUGGAGAAAUGAGUUUGGGACACGCCGAAAAGCUCCCACUAUUGUCCGUCGCUUGGGAGUACUUCAUGGAACAAAACGGUUGUCCGAAAACCUACGAGCAAAAACGCGGGACCAAACUCUGUCAUCCUAUCUCACCGAGCAGCUCGAAGAAAAGCUUGUUGGUAUCUUUGGUGGCCCGCCGAAAUGUCUACCCGAGCCCGAGCCGUCUACAGAGACUUCCAACGACGCCCCGACUACAGAACCUCAAGUGAUAGACUUGACUGAAGAAUGUCCAGCACCUUUUCCAGCACCCCGACCCAUCUCCUGGACUGAGAUUCUUGACAGGCCAUACUCCCUCGAGGACUUCAAGCUCCAGUCGGACUACACUUACCAAUACGCCAUCAGAGGAUCAGUGGUUGAGAUAUCGCUAGACCAGCACCUCAUGAUCUCCUUGGGUAGUGUCCAGUUCAUGCUUGAUGCAGAGGUCUCAGAGGGAGACAAAGAGUGGGAAAUGCUCCAUGCAACCAGGUCUCACUUUAUACGGUACCAGGAUGUUAUCAGAGAUAGUAUGCUUCUGCAUUCUCGCGUGCGCAUCGAGUGA